AUGAAACGAAAAGGCUUUGUCUCAUCGUCUUCUUCAAGCAGUAACGGAAAUGGUAGAAAGACCAUUUCGUCCUCCUCUUCAUCCAUGAUGUCAUCCACUUCAGCACUCCUUUCCUCUCCUCCCAUCAAACAAGACAAGAAACGUGUGCGACGAGUUUCCUUCUCCACUAAACAACCCGAUAUUCAAAUGUUUGAACCUGCCAAAUCUCCCACUCAACUCAAAGCUCGAUCCAAGACUGCUUCCAUGAAUGGCAACCAUAAUGGAAAGCAACCACUAGUUUCUCAAGCGGAUCAAUCGGAAGACAAGGAAAAUGCUGUAAACUUUUCUCUCGAGUUUGGAAAUCCAGCAACAACGGUUGAACAACAUGCCUCCCAAACAUCAUUAGGUAAAUCCAUCUUUGAUGAUGACGAUGAUGAAGUAGAUGCUGCUCUUCAUACUGCACCCAAACAAAGCAUUAGUACUAUGGAAUUCACUGAUUUUGUCAAUGAACCAGUCUUGAACGAAGAAGAACAAACCAUGGAAUUUACUCAACUCAUUCCAACGAAUAUCAGCGUACUCGAGAAUGAACUAACCAACAUGAGUCUAUCCUCUUCUAGGAAUAACCACACUACAAAUACUGCAACUAGUACUUCCUCAUCAUCAGUUGCAACUCAAAAAAAGCCUUCCUAUAAGCCCAAUCUAACAAUUCCAGUUCAUCAUGAUUCUUCACGAGUAGAAGAUCAUGGAGAUGCCUUUAAUGAUUUCAACUUUGAUGGUCCGACUCCAGCUCCAGCCAUUCCUGAUUCUUCGUUUUUGUUUGGAAGUGUGGAGGUGGAUGAAGACGGCAAUGAGGUCAUGAUGAUGGAUCAAUCCAUAUUGAAUCAAUCUCAAUUGAGUAAUGGUGGUGUUGGUGCUUCUCAUGAAGCGUCUGAUGAACAACAGCAGCAGCAACAACAACAACAACUAGAUCAGGAACAACAAGAACAGCCACUAGCCUUGAAUGGUGUGGUUGCUAGUGCUGCAACUUCUCUUCAACCAAGUCAUGUACAAGAACAACAACAACACCCUCAACAAGGAUCAACACUGAAUCAAGCAGCAAUGGCCUCCUCUUCAUUGGUUCCUUCUUCUUCUCUGAAUCCUUCAUCCAUAAUGUCAUUUGGAAACUUCAACUCGUCCCAGAUGAAAGUUACUGAUUUUGCCUCCAUCUUCUCAAACCUCAAUUCUAAAUCUUUACUCAAUACAAGUGUGCAUGACAUGAGCAUGACCACCUUGUUUGAUCACGUAGAUGAGGUACCACCACUCGAUGAAGACACCACUCGAAACAUCACUGCUCAGAAUAUUACUGGAGAAUUGAAUCAAGAUUUAAAGUCUUCGGUUGCUACUAGUACCACUGCUGUUGGAGGAAGCACGAGUGAACAACCAACGAGCUCCAAUGCUACAAGCAGCAUGAAUAACAGUGUUCUUUUGAGUAGUGUGGCGUCCUCUCUUGGUAAAAUGACUAAAUAUUCCAUUGCUGACUUUUGGUCACACAUGUCCAUUCGAUUCCUCACCACCAUUACGGAUCGAAAAUCUAUUGCUCCUCCACAGAAUGCAAGAAAUGCAUCAAGAUUUCAAGACGUAGAUUCGAUGCCAAGUGAAGAGCUCUUGAGUGAAUACCGAAAGAUUGUCGUUCGUAAUGAUACUUUGGAUCGAAUGAUUGAAACCACAAAGAAAAAGAUUGAAAGAACUGAAAAAGAUAUUACAGAGAAGGAAACGUAUCUAACCUAUCAUGAACCUGUGGUUGUACACUCGGCCAUGUCUAAAACAAAGAAUUUAGACAUUCCAAACAAUGUUCGAAUUUCUCUUCAGAGCGCAAAGAAUGGUGCCAAUGUAGAAAAGUUCAAACUCAAAUCAGAAGGCGAAAACGUGAGACGUCAAUUGCUCAUUGAUGAAAUCUAUGGAGUGGAUGAACAACUUCAGGUGCUUGAAAAGUACACAAGACAUUAUGAAUAUUUAAUUUCCAAUUUACAAAGUGAAAUUGAAAAUAGGAAGAAUGCAAAGAAGAAAGCAGCUCAGCCACAACCUCAGCCUCAACAACCACAACAACCACAAUCUCAGCCACAACCUACCUCAAAACCAAUAUCCCAAUCCUCUAACAUUGCUGCAGUACCAAGUAACAACCCUCAACCUCAGCAAGUGACCAAUGUUCCAAACUCCACCUCAACUGCUCCCACUACCACCACUCGCAGACGACCCAAAUCUGAACGUCUCUCACUCUCUGCACAAGACUUGCUCAUUUCCAAUCCAAAUUUAUUGAGCCUGGUGAAAAACAAGCUUGUGCCAUUCACUGUAAAUCGAAAGCAUCACAAUUUAGUCUUUGAAUUUCCCAAGUUUUCUGACUAUGCAGAAUACCAAAAACCUUUAACCGUAGAUAUCAAAUUUAACCCACAAGACAAGUCCAUUGUGAAUGUAAAGAUUGUACCAUGCUCCAGUUCAAUAUCCUCGAACACUAUGGAUGAAAUUGAAGCGAAUUUAUUCAAACUGAUUGAGGUUCAUAUUGUGACCAUUAUUAAGAGGUUCAACUACACACGAUAUUUACCAAUCAUUGUUUCCAUCAUGUCUUCUCAAUUCCAAUUUCUGUAUUUAAUCAUGAAAGAACUUCGUAUUUUAAGGAGUAGAGGCGUUGACGUUGGUUAUGACCACCUGUAUCCACUCUUAUUGUUUACCUCUUGUCAGAUGCAUGAAGACGAGUCGGGAAAUCAUUAUCUUGAAUUGAGAGCCAAACAUGAACACCACCAACUACGAAUGACCGUUACAUGUAGAGAUGGCUCCUUAGAAUUUGUAUGGACAGAUCCAAGAAAUCAAGAACAAUUCUUGGAUCGAUUUGUUUAUGACUGUAAUUUAUUGAGACGAGUGAAUGGAUGGAUUCGAAAAUGCGAACAAUUGUAA